GUUCAGUUUUUCAUAAAUAAUAAUGCGAUUGCGCAAACUAGCACGCAGGCUGCGCAAAACGACAACUCAUUGGUCGACCUCUCUCUGACAUUGAACUUUUCAAAAUAUUAGUAGUAUCUUCAUAAUCUUUUUUCAAAUUUGCACAAAUCGUGUAGACAAUUAAAGCUCACACUUGAACUAUUCAAUCAUUAUUACUGGACUCCAAAAAGGGUUGAAUAUGGCCCUUACUUCCGUUAAUAUAUCUACAAACCCUUUCGAGGGUCAGAAACCAGGAACAAGUGGAUUGAGAAAGAAGGUAAAGGUGUUCAUGGAAAAACAUUAUACUGAAAACUUCAUCCAGUGUAUUUUGAAUGCUCUUGGAGACAAAGUUAAAGGUUCUACCUUGAUUGUUGGAGGAGAUGGAAGAUAUUUUUCCAAACAAGCCAUCAAUAUCAUUAUAAGAAUUGCAUCUGCUAAUGGGGUUGCAAAAUUGGUCAUUGGACAGUUAGGUAUUCUCUCCACUCCUGCGGUGUCUAGCCUGAUAAGAAAUCACAAAGUGUUGGGUGGAAUUGUUUUAACUGCUUCUCACAACCCAGGAGGUAUUAGGAAUGAUUUUGGCAUAAAAUAUAACAUUGAAAAUGGUGGUCCAGCGCCUGAUCAUGUCAGUGAUGCAAUCUAUGACCAUACAAAGAAAAUCUCAGAGUACAAAUUCACGCCCAAACUUGAAACUGACAGGCUUAUUGACAUUUUGGGUACCACAACAUACAAUGUUGAUGGACAUGACUUUGUAGUAGAGGUAAUAGACUCUACUGCAGAUUAUGUUGCUCUGAUGAAACAAAUAUUUGACUUCCACAAAUUGAGAACUCUAAUUCGUGGAACUGACAAACGUCCACCUUUCAAUGUCCUCAUAGAUUCAAUGAAUGGAGGUAAGUGUUCGGAUUUGUUUUAUGUUCCAUCAAAAAAUGAAACAUCAUUCCACGAACGAUUAGCAAAUGAAUCUUCGAUUUUUUUGUUUCAGGAUCGAAAUAUGAUUAUUGGAAAAAACGCAUUUUUUGUAACGCCUAGUGAUAGUUUGGCUGUAUUAGCAAAUAAUUUAGAAUGCAUUCCAUAUUUUAAAGAAAAUGGCAUCCAUGGAUUUGCCAGGUCUAUGCCUACAGCUGCUGCUGUAGAUAGGGUAGCAGCAAAGUUGGGCAAAGAGAUGUUUGAAGUACCUACUGGAUGGAAAUACUUUGGAAACUUGAUGGAUGCUGGGAGGUUAUCUCUUUGCGGUGAAGAGAGUUUUGGUACCGGUUCUGACCACAUUCGAGAGAAAGAUGGAAUUUGGGCAGUUUUAGCAUGGCUUUCCGUAAUUGAGCACAAGAAUAUGAGUGUAGAAGAAAUUUUGAAGGAACACUGGGGUAUAUAUGGGAGAAAUUAUUUCACAAGAUACGAUUAUGAAGAAUGUGAAAGUGAUGCAGCCAAUCAACUAAUGGCACAUUUAGAAAAACUAAUAAACAGCGAUACUCUUGUUGGGAAAUCAUAUACAGCAAUUGGAAAAACUUAUAAAAUAAGUAAAGCUGAUAAUUUCUCAUAUGUAGAUCCAAUUGAUGAAAGUGUGGCAAAAAAUCAGGGAAUAAGAAUUCUUUUUGAGGAUGGGUCCAGAUUGAUUUAUAGGUUGUCAGGAACAGGAAGCAGUGGGGCCACGAUAAGGUUAUAUAUUGACAGUUAUGAAAAAGAUAAUGUACUUAGUGAUGCACAGGUAAGAGAUGAUACAAUGAUACUGAUACAUAGUUUAAUUUUGGAAAUCAUUCUUAUAUAUCAUGAGUUCAUUUUCUCACCUGAUACAUGGUUUUUUUUUCAACAGUGACCUUUUGUGAAGAUA